AUAUAACUCAAGAAGGGUUGGAGAUAGAAGCAUCAAAUUGUCAGCAUUUUAUGUGGAAUUUGGUGCUUUACAUGCCUGCCACAUUAAAGUUUUUAAGAUUUAUACCUGCAUAUUAUUUUUUAUUAUUUUUCAUCACUGUCCCUUAGCACCCCAAUGUGGGGUGUUAAGGGACACCUAUACUAUUCCAAGAAAUGGUCAUCAAAUGCCCACAAUUGGGGUGUGGAAGGGCACACAAUUUAUUUAUUGAAAUGUUUUGCAUAUUCUGUCACAAAACAAGUCAGGUUCAUUCACCACUAAUGACCUUUUUAGCCAAUUACGUGUAAUGCUGUUUACGCUUGUGGAAAAUGUGCUAAUUAUAAGCCCGCCGGUCGUCACAGUGGAGGGCCCUGUGCCGCUGAUGCUGCCUGGUCUCAUCAUUAUGGAGGAGCGAGACGGCUCUCCGGCGCCGAUCGGGCCGCGCCGCCGCCGCCGCGACAGCGGACAGCGCGUCUGUGGCUGUGUGCACGUGCGCACCGGCACCAUCAUGCUCGGCAUGUGGCACCUGGUGAUGAACGUGCUGGCCCUCUCGGCGCUGGCCAUGGUCAUCUUCCACCCGGAGAUGCUGCGCCGCGUGCAGCUGGAGGGCACUCCCCAGUCGGGUAACCUGUCGGCGGCGGGCGCCGGCGCCGACGAGCCACUGCUGCCGCCGCGCGUGAUGCCCAAGUAUGGUCCCACUUACAGCGUGCUCGGGGGACAGGUGUGGAACGUGGACGACCUCAACAUCGGCAUCAUGAUCACCUUCUGCACGUUCAUCAUCACGCUGCUGAUGGUGGUGGGCGCCAUCAAGGGCCAGCCCUCCUACCUGAUGCCGUUCUUCUGCCUGCAGGUGUUCGACUUUUGCAUCUCCAGUCUGACGAUGAUCAGCUACUUCUCGCUGAUGCCGGACCUGCACGUGCUGCUGCUCCAGUCUCCCAGCCUGCCGUUCCGCGACCAGCUGCUGCGGCUCGACCAGCGCUGGCUCUCGCUCAUCCUGAUGGUCGCCUUUCUCGUUGCCAUGGUGAUCAAACUGUACCUGAUUGCCAUGGUGUGGUCGUGCUACCGGUACCUGCUGCUGCGCCAGGGUGGCGGCGGCGGCGGCGGCGGUCAGUGCGCAGAGCAGGAGCCCGUGGCCUCUCUGCCGGACUACGAAGCGGCGCUCACCGACCCGCGCUUCUCCAAGGUAGAUCUGGCCGGCUACCCGACCCCGCCGCCCAGCUACGCUGCGGCCACCAGCGACGCGGGCCGCGGCGGUAAAUAGACCGGAGAGGUCGGCCAUACAGAGGGAGAUUGACGGGACAGGAAGAGUCGGGGGACGGAAAGACGGAGGGACAGGGGAGACUGAGAUGGCGAGAGACGAUGGGACAGGAAGAGGCGGAGAGAUGGAGAAACAGGGAGCGGCAGAGGAGGAUAAUUUCUUUAGACUGGAAGAGACGGAGACGGGAUAGACUAGCAGAACUGGAAUCGGCAUGGAUGCAGGGGGAGGUGGAUGGGAAUGGGGGAGAGACUAGGAGUGACGCUAGACGGGGACGGACAGACAGGUAGUCUAGAGGGAUGGACGAAAGAGGAAGGGAAAUGGAGACUGGGAGAAGACGGGCGCUGUUACUUACAAAAGAGUUUGUGAAUACCCAGUUGAGGAGAGCUAUGAGGGAAGGUUAUGUGACGGUUUAGCCCGCACUCUAGACAGAUCGCUGAUGUAUAUUCUCCGGCCGGAGCGGUGCUGAUCGUGGUUCGGGCCGUGGCGGGCCGAGAACCCCGCCUGAGCUGUGUAUGUUUUACGGGCAGUGUACAGAGAUGUUACGGUUUGUCACACGGGAGUAAUUACUGGGGACUCGCCGCGAGAGGAGAUCUAAUAUUGAGUGAAAAACAACGCAUAAUGCUGAUCAAACUUAGCCUGCUGGGGAUAGUGCCGCUGCGGUGUUUUGAGAGUGGCUUUGAUGCGGCUGAGUGCAGGCGAUGUAACAGCCAGAGGCGCUAACUGAGUGGUAGUGAUAAGAUCGGCCGGACGGCCCGAACAGUGUGCUAACGCCGACGCAUUUCUUUCUCGCUGGAUGAUGGCGUUCCGCCCCCUCGCUGUGCCGAUAUGGCUCUGGGCGCAGCAGGCUCCGUCGUAAGGCGUGACGACUCCGGCCCGGCCCGCCUGCUCAGCAGUCCUGGGACACUGGGCAGAGGCCGGGCCCGCCACCUGUUUUGUUUUGUCUUUCACCGAGCAGAGGGGCUGAGUCGCCCUAGUUUGACAGAGGCCCUCGGACACGAACCGGGCUGGGGCGCCGCCGCGAACGGGCGAGAGCAGAUGGAAGCCGCACUCCUAAUACGCACUGAAUGUCUGCACCACUAGAAGCUAUCUUGGUUCUAAAUCCGCUGUGAAUACACGCCAAAGAAACGCGAAA